AUGUUUAAAACCGGAAAUUUUGAUAAAUUAUUGGAUCGGGCCACGAGUCUGACUAAUCUGGAGCCGGACUGGAAUGCAAUCCUCCAGAUCUGUGACACAAUCAGACAAAACGACGUUCAGCCCAAAUAUGCCGUAAACGCCAUUAAGAAGAAGUUGUACGCAACCAACCCUAACGUUGAACUCAUGGCUCUUCAGGUGUUGGAGUCGUGUGUGAAGAACUGCGGAUCCACUUUUCACGUGGAGAUAACGUGCAAAGCCUUUAUGGAAGAGUUGAGGGAAAUUGUGAAGAUGUCGGCCGACACGAAGGUAAGGGACGAAGUGUUGAAACUGAUUCAGGUGUGGGCGCACGCCUUCCGCAACGACCCGUCCCAUCGGGCAGUUCAGGACACCGUAAACCUAAUGAAGAUCGAGGGCUACAAGUUUCCGGUGCUUAAGGAGAGCGACGCCAUGUUUGCCGCCGAUUCGGCGCCCGAUUGGGCGGACGGCGAGUGCUGUAACCGUUGUCGCACUCAGUUCUCGAUGGUUCAGCGCAAACAUCACUGUCGCGCGUGCGGACAGAUCUUCUGUCAGAAGUGUUCGUCAAAGUUGUCGACGAUUCCCAAGUAUGGCAUCGAGAAAGAGGUUCGCGUAUGCGAUGACUGUUACGACAAAUUGAAUAAACCGGGCGUCAAGUCAGCCGCUGAUACGGCCGUUAAGGGAGUGUCCGGCGCGUCGGCCGAGUCGUCGCCCUAUUCCACAGCCAAACCCAAGUCUGAAACGACUAAAAGCGAGCGCGAGAUUCAAGAGGAGGAAGAGCUUCAGUUGGCGUUAGCGUUGUCUCAAUCGGAGGCCGAGUCUAAAGAGCAGAGUAGGAAUCGUUCGGCGUCUGUGCCCUGGAAUCCUGAUUAUAAGGGAUCCGCUCCCAAGUCUAAUAUGAAGUCCAACUCUUCGGCCAAGAAGUUGGACUCAUCUUUGAAAUCGUUGUCAAACAAUGAUGUGACGGAUCCCGAGCUCUCGCGUUAUCUGAAUCGCGACUAUUGGGAAAACAAAGCUCUGAAUUAUAAUAUGGAAGAUUUGGACGCCAUUAGGCCGACGCCCAGCGCUCCACAGCCGCAGCCAAUACUGAAUUUGAAACGCGUGAACGUAUUGGCAAACAUGAGUCCCGAUGUGAGCAAACCUAAGGAGAAGAUGGAGAACGGAAUCGACACCGAAAUGGAUUCGUUUCUCGUGUCGUUGAAGUCGGCGAUCGAGAUAUUUAUCAACAGAAUA